AUGAGCCGGCUUCGGGCCACCAGGACUGGACUUGUCAUGUGCGCAGUCAUCUGCGUCUGCGUCUUUCUGUAUUUCAGGAACCCGGAUCCCGAGGACCUGCAGGAGGAGCCCACAUACCCCCUGGCGGUGGAGUGUGGCUUUUACCCUGACGAGCUGUGCUCAGCUCUCUUCCACGGGAAGGGGGCGGCCCCGCAGGUGGCCAAGUUCUGUAAGAAUCCCCAUGGCUCUGAAAUCCUGGCUCACUUCCACGGCCCAGGAAACUGCUCCCGGCUGUUGGAGGGCUUGCGCUUCAUCACCAGACCCCUGUCUGCAGAGGAGGGCAACUUCUCCUUGGCUUAUAUUGUGACCGCGCGCACAGAGCUGGCCAUGUUCGUGCGUCUUCUGAGAGCUAUUUAUGCCCCUCAAAACGUCUACUGCAUUCACAUCGACGCAAAGGCCUCUAAGAAGUUCAAGGCGGCCGUGCAGACUCUGGUCAGCUGCUUUGGGAACAUGUUCACUGCUUCCAAGGUGGUUUCUGCUGGCCUGACAAGGCUACAGGCAGACCUUAACUGCAUGGAAGAGCUGGUCCACUCCAGAUUCCCAUGGAACUAUGUCCUUAAUCUCUGUGGCCAGGAUUUCCCAGUCAAAACCAACAAGGAGAUCGUGCACUACCUCAGAAGCAAAUGGGAUGGUAAGAAUAUCACCCCUGGAGUGGCCCAGCCCCCGCAGGGUGCCAGGCCCAAUGCCAACCGCAGCCACGGCCAACUCACCCCAGAAACAAGCAUCUACGAGCCUCCAAACGAGAGCUUCCAGGCCAAGCCACCCCACAGCCUGCAGCUCUACUUCGGGAGUGCACACUACGUGCUGACAAGGAGGUUUGCCGAGUUUGUCUUGACAGACGUCCGAGCCAAAGACCUGCUUCGAUGGUGCAAAGGCAUCCACAGCCCAGAGCGACACUACUGGGUGACCCUGAACCGAGUCCGAGAUGCUCCAGGAGCAACACCAGAUGCUGGCUGGGAAGGGGACGUUCGAGCCAUUAAAUGGAAACAGGAGGAAGGAAGCACUCACGACGGCUGCAAAGGCCACUACGUCCAGGACACCUGCGUCUACGGGCCCGGGGACUUGCCGUGGGUCAUCCGAUCACCUUCUCUGUUCGCCAACAAAUUCGAGUCGUCCAAGGACUCCCUGGCAGUAACCUGUUUGGAGAGGCGGCACCGGCUCAAAGUCCUCGGGCAGGCAGAGGGGCCUGUGGACCCCCACUGGCACUUCCAGCAGGAUUCCGACUUCAACAUGAAGCUGAGUCACUGA